AGCACAACUCAUAGCAUUCCGCCCUUCAAAUAUUUGGGCCGUGACACUUUAUAAAAUCCGGCCUCUACCAUCUGGCGCCUCUCUUCCGGUUCCCGCUCACCACUUUCACUUGAAACAACUUUCUAAACCCAAAUCAAGCGAAACGCAAUCAGGGUUUUGUAGAGCAAUGAGCGAUGAGACAACACAAGCACUCAUUUGCUCAAUCUGUCACGAAGAUCUCAACCCAACUGUCGAAGAUCUUCAAGCAAUUUCAAUCUGCGGUCAUGUCUUCCAUGAACUCUGCUUACAACAACGGCUUGAGUACUGUUCGAAAGGGAAGAAACAAUGUCCAAUCUGCAAGCAAACAUGCGCAGCAUCUAACGUGAGUCGGCUCUAUUUUCAGUCAGCCGGUGACUCUAACGACUCUAAUCCCUCUCAAAAACCGCAAACUCACAAAGAAGAUUCAAGAGAACUUAAGUUAGAGGUCAGGAGACUCGAGCGAAAGGUCAACGCGCUCAAUUCAGCUUUAGAAAGUCGAGAGGAUGAUAUCACUAACGUUAGUAAUGAGCUUUGUGUGUGCAAAGAGCAGUUGAAGAAAGAAGCUUCACUAAAAAAUGAAACUUUGGAGCAAACGCUCACAAUACACCGCAAACUUAACUUGAAAACACAAGAACUUAGUGAAACAGAAAAAGAGUGUAUUAACUUGCAAAACGGGAAUAUGGAUUUAGCGAAAGAACUCGCUGCACUCAAAUUGGUCUCAGAUUUGAACUUGGAAGAGAACGAAAUUGUCAAACUUGCGUCUUUGGGUACGAAGCCCCACAGUGAAGAAAGUGUAGAUAUUAUAAAAAAGUCUUUGGGUGCCCGUGGCGAGUUGUAUAAGGACCUAAUGGUUAAGUGCAACAAUCUGGCAAGGAACGUGGCCCGUUCUCAUGAACAGCUUGAAAAGGCGAAAGAGCAAAUAGAAGAAUUAGAAAAACUUAAGAAAAAAAUCCAAAAUUUGGAGACAGCUAAGGAAAUGAAAGUAAUAAAGGAGCCGGUUAUUCAUCUUGGAAAAACAAAGAGGUUAAGAGUGUGUGAGAAUAUUAGUGAAAGUAAUAAAAAAGAUGGUGUUAGUUCUUACAUUUCAAUCGAUGAUGAUGAUGCACCGAAGGUUUCGGUUUCAUUUAAAUUCUCAUCAAAUGAUUCAGUACCUCAGGGUACUAAAAGCGCAAAAACGGGUGCUUUGUAUAUAUCAAAGAAUGUGCAUGAAACAAGUGAGAGUGGACAAGAUAAGCCUCUUUUUAACAUUGCAAAAGAAGCUUCUUCGCCAGUUGUUAAUCCUCAAGAAGCAGACUUUUGUUUCUCUAGUGGACUUUUAGAUGCAACAAAAAGACACUCGGGAAAGUGGUGCAAAAACGGUCAGAGUAAAACAUCCGGUGAUCUUAUCGCUGUUGGAGCUGACGGUAGAGGCGGUACAAUCAAAGUUUUGAAAUCCCCAAAUUAUUCCUCACUUCAGAGCUCUCGGGGAUCAACAAUUUCAGCGAAAAGUAGCAAGCUUGGCGCCAAAGCAAGUAGUUUGCAGUCUCGGGGGCUCUUGCAGAUCGACCAUUUUUUCAGCAAAGCAAGUCAAUAGUGACCGGCGAGUGUAAUGCUGUGUCAUGUAGAUUUUAUCAUUUUAUGUAAUACUGAAUAUGACAUGCUGUAUGUCAUUGUAUCUAAUCUAAUAUUUUUUUUUUUUUUUUUUUGCAUAUGCAUCUUCACAGUUUCAGAAAUGGUUUAUGGAUUCAUUUGUUAUU